AUGAGCAUCUCUCCGCAGUUUGACCGCCCCCCCCGCCCCAAAGGCGUACAGAGCACACAAAAUCAUUGUCCUUUGUUCACGAAUGAGACUAGCAAAAAGACUAACAGCAAAGAUCAGAAUAAUGGUGCGACUAUCUACAAAAACAGUAGCCCCAGCCCUAAGAAAGAAGAAAAGACUAGCUAUGCAGAGACCGUAAAGACCCUAGUUAUUUUAUAUGCGAAUCCUUCAAAGGAAAAGAAAGAGAAACUCAUUAUGCUAAAGAAGAAACCGGAAACAAAGAACAAGUCAGUGGAGGCUGAUGCCUCCUCCAGAAAAAAGUCCUCUUCAGGUAAAUACACACUUUUUAUCAUCACCCUUAUAGACAACAAGCCCUUGUCCAAGCCUAUGUCCCCGCACCGAAUCUCUCCUUCUCCCACUUUUCUCAGUCCAGCACCGACUCCUCCACUCCCAUCCUAG